GAUAAUGCUAUCUCUCGUCGCCUCUCCUCCGGUAAUCUCCGCCGCGUCUCUCUCUAAACCUCUCACCUCUCUUUCUAAAGCCGCACUCGUAUCUAAACGAGCCAAACCCAUUAACCCUUUCCCAAAAACAGCUCGAUCCAUCUCCGUAUACAAACCCCCGAUGAACAACCUCUUCACCAGACUCGGAUUCGGGUCCCGUCCCCAACCCGACCCGGCUUCCUCCGCGAUCGCACAAGGACCAGACGACGACGUUCCGUCUCCAGGUCAGCAAUUCGCGCAAUUCGGCGCCGGUUGCUUCUGGGGAACUGAAUUGGCUUACCAGAGGGUUCCCGGUGUGACGAAGACAGAGGUUGGGUAUAGCCAUGGGUUCGUUGACAAUCCGAGCUACGAGGAUGUCUGUUCGGAGACGACGGGACAUAACGAGAUUGUUCGGGUUCAGUAUGAUCCGACAGAAUGUAGCUUUGAGACAUUGCUUGAUGUUUUCUGGAAGCGUCAUGAUCCGACCACUUUGAAUCGCCAGGGGAAUGAUGUGGGGACGAGGUACAGAUCAGGGAUAUACUUCUACACUGAGGAGCAAGAGAAGUUAGCUCGUGAAGCUAUGGAGAUACAUCAGAAGAAUUUGAACAGGAAGAUUGUGACUGAGAUACUUCCCGCCACUAAAUUCUACAGAGCAGAAAAUUACCACCAGCAGUAUUUGGCGAAAGGUGGUCGCAUGGGUCUUAGACAAUCUGCUGAGAAAGGUUGCAACGAUCCGAUCCGUUGUUAUGGUUAAGAAACUAGUAAGUCUCUGGAGCAUAAUAGAAAGUGAGUUUAUCUCAUGAGAAUACAAUAAUUCCUGUCUUGGUCAUGUGGUAUUUAUAAUCAACCAGUGAUGAUGCAUCGUGUCGACUGUAAUUUACGUCACCACCACAACAGUCUUCGUGAAUUUCAAUCUGUAAUAAGGUAUUCAGUUUUACAAUAAUCAUGAUUGUUAUCUUAUUAUUCAAAAUGUAAUGGUCUCAAGAAAUCACGAAAAGCGUCAUGGUGUUACCAUACAUAGUUUACUAAAAAUUUAGGUGGAACGAGUAUAUAUAUACGAAUGUUAUUCUAAA